AUGGCUCUGCCCCGUGUUCUCACGUGCCUCCUCAUCGUCGCCGGCGUGCUGGUCUCCUCCGCGGUUCCCGGAGCCGAGGCGCUAAGCGUCAACGCGGCCAAGCAGCGCGCCGCCGCGACAGCGCUGAAGGUGGAGACGGCCAUGCAGCGCGCGGUGAACGCGCUAAGCGCGGAGGUGGCGAAGCAGCGCGCCGUGAAAGCGGGUCUCAAGUUCGUCAAGGCCCUCCUCCCCAAGCUCUUUCCGCCGCCCCCGCCCGCCCCGAGGCUGUACAGCGCUGACUUUUGGAAUGGACUCGUGAGAGCAAAGUUCAGCCUCGCCGUCCCCCUCCUUGCUGCGACCAAGCCCACGCAGUUCCGCCUGACCGUCGCGGGCUUGGUCAGACCGCCGUGGCAAGUGAGGCUCAACGCUCGGACUGAGACGGACUCUAACAUCCCGCUGGCUACGCUCGGAGAGAACUUGCAGUGCUCCAAACUUGCUCCGAGCGUGUGGGACUGCUUCGGCCAGACCCAGUUCAACCAGGCCGAGAUCAGCGCUAUCGGAUACACGGCUGGCGUGGGGGCUCACGUCGAUUCCUACUCGCUGACUUUCACUUACCCGGAGGCGCACAAUCCUCGGGGGGGGCAAUCGAGCAAUGCGAACCUCACCAAGGCACCACCGCAUUGGGCAAUGGGGCAAGUGUUCGGUCACAACGAUUUGGUGAGAGGAGUUCCAACUGCCGGAAGGUUGCAGGCUAUCAUCAACGGAGAGCAGCUCAAGGGAGGAGCAACGGUUGCCAUCUCCAAUAA